AUGGGCAGAGCUCCAACCUCUGAAGUGGAGGAGGAAGCCAGUGUUCACUCGGAAGCUUCUGGAUCGGAUGAGAAUGAGGAGGCUGCCAAUGACACAGCAGCUGAGAGGCACAGCCCUGUAGCCAGGUCUGAUUCUAUGCAGGAGGGGCUCAUCGCCAGCCAGGUUCACCACAUUCUGAAUCAUAUCCAAAUAUCCAUUGAAAAUCAAAAGACAAAAGGAGAACCAACUGAAGAAAUAGAAAUAAAUUUUUUGCCGAGUUCUAACAUGAAGAAAGAUUAUGAAAAAGAAAGUGGAAUAGUAAAAAAGAUUCCUGCUUUACCAUACUUGUUGAUGAAGAAAGCAUUUAAAUCUGCCUUCACACUACAUGAAAAACCCAAAGAGGAAACUAGUGCAUCUCCAACACAUGAUCUUCACAACAGGUGGAUCGAGCUUGAUAAUCUGUGGGCUAGAAGCUACAGAUUUCAGCCAUUAUGGAAGAUAAGAAACUAUUUUGGAGAAAAAAUUGCAUUUUAUUUUGCUGUGAUGGAAAGUCUUUUACACAGCUUAAUUCUUCCUGCACUCAUUGGUUUUGUUAUUUUCGGAUUUGGCCUUCACCAAAGUGUAUUAUGUUACAAUGCCCACAAUGACCUGAACACAUUAUUGCAUGGAUAUAACUGUAGCAUAGUCUGUUCAACUCCAAAAAUGAUCUCAGAAGUGGCAGAUAAGGCAGUGGAUCAGAUCAGAGGUGUCUGUGACAAUAUUGCUGGAAGGAGAAGGAAUAUUGAGCAAAUUCUUAACAGGACUUGUGCUACUGAGGCACAUGGUGAUUGUGUUUUUCAGGUUCUUUCAGAUGAUGUCUUUACUGUAAUCAAGUCUUCCUUUGACAAUGCUGCUACACCGAUAUUUGGGCUUAUCAUCUGCAUUUGGGGUACAAUUUUUUUGGAAAGGUGGAAAAGGAAGAAUGCAGAACUGGUCUAUGAGUGGGAUGUUGAAAAUUAUGAACUUGAUGAACUAGUCAGGCCUCAGUUUUAUGGAACAGAACCGGAUCCAAUCACGGGUGAACCUGAAGCCUUUUACUCAGUCACCAGGCAACGGCUGAAAUUAGUGCUUUCACUUGCAGUUGGGAUUAUAAUGGUGGGCUCUGUAUUCAUCAGUGUCUUGGCAGUGGUAAUUUAUAAAACCUGGGCCAGAUUUCGAGUGACAACAUCUAACUCGUUUGAAGGUUUUCUUUUAACCACUAUUGUUAGUGCAUUACUCAAUGCACUGUCCAUUUCAAUCCUGGGAAAAGUGUAUCACAUAAUCGCAGUAAAAAUGACUGAUUGGGAAAACUACAGGACUCAGACUGAUUAUAAUGACGCUCUGAUAAUAAAGUUAUUUGCUUUUGAGUUUGCCAACAAUUACUCAUCUCUGUUUUAUAUUGCAUUUCUCAGAACGAACAAUGAACAGAUAAUUGUGGAGAGUUGA